GUGAGAGGCAGAUGAAAUUUUAUAAGAUUUUCUCAAGUGUGCCCUACUCUCUUCUCUGACACUCCCUCUUUCUCUCUCUCUCUCUACUCGAGGUGUAAAUUUGUUUGUUUUAUGGGUGUUCAACACCCCAUUUUUCUGCCCAAUUAGCCACUUCCUCACUCCCCCCUUUCCCACUCUAUUUCUUCCUCCAUUUCUCUUUCUUGAACAGAGAAAAAAAACAGAGGAAAAACAGGGGAAAACAGAGCUAUUUCAAAGAUUUACACAUGGAUCCACUAAAAUACUUCAAGUUAUUCUUCAUUCUCAAUGUUGCUAUCUCACCACUUUAUCUUACAGGAGUUUCAGGAGCAACAUUCACAUUCGUCAACAGUUGUGAAAACACAGUAUGGCCCGGAAUCCUAGCCAAUGCAGGUACACCUAAGCUUGAAUCAACCGGUUUCGAACUCCCAACCGGCACUUCCCGGUCAUUCCAAGCCCCAACCGGUUGGUCCGGUCGGUUCUGGGGUCGAACUGGCUGCAAUUUCGCCGACUCCGGUCUUGGCUACUGCGAAACCGGAGACUGCGGAUCCGGCGGCGUCGAGUGCGAUGGCGCCGGCGCCGAACCUCCGGCAACCCUAGCUGAGUUCACCUUAGGAACAGGUAGUCAAGACUUCUAUGACGUCAGCUUGGUUGACGGGUAUAAUUUACCCAUAUUGGUUGAGGUUAGUGGCGGGUCGGGUCAAUGCGCCGACACUGGGUGCGUGGUAGAUUUGAACCAAGUUUGUCCAACUGAGCUUAAGGCAGGAAAUGGCGGCGCGUGUAAGAGCGCGUGUGAGGCGUUUAAGAGUCCCGAGUAUUGUUGUAGUGGCGCGUAUGGUUCACCUUCCACGUGUAAGCCUACGGUUUACUCGAAGAUGUUUAAGUUGGCGUGUCCGAGGUCUUAUAGUUAUGCUUAUGAUGAUCCUACUAGUACUUUCACUUGCAGUGGAGCUGAUUAUACCAUUACAUUUUGCCCCUCUACUCCAAGUCAAAAAUCAGCAAGAGAAACUGCUCCUACGCCAGUUACUCCUACUCCAAUGAACCCAACUCCAAUGAUGACGACACCUCCAGUUUUUACCGGGUCAGGGUCGGAUCCAAUGGUCUCAACACCAACUGAACCCGCAGGAGGAGAUAUGGCAUAUGGAUCAGCUUCCGAUGGUGUACCUGGAAUGGUAACUGGACCCGGAACUGGAACCGGUACUACAACCUCAGCUAUGCUAGCAGAUGGGUCAUGGUUAGCUGGCUUAGCCAUGGGACACUCAACUUUAUUAAAACCCACAUUAUUAUUACCCCUUGUUUGUGCACUUUUUUCUCUUAUCCUCACAUGUCUCUCUUUGUAGUGAAAAUAGGGGAUAUAUUCAUGUGUAAUCUUAUUAGUAUUAUUCAAUCUAGCAUUUCAUCGAACAGGCAAAGCCAAAAAGGGGUGUUCUUGUUGUCCAGAAUUCAUCAAGAAAAAGGCUGAAGAUCGCCCAAAUAUAUCAUCAGAUCAACCCAAUCAACUAUGAAAGAUGUAUACUUAAAUAUUGGUAUUUAUUUGGGAUUAGGGUUUUAAUAUGA